AUUAUGUUUUUAGUUAAAUGCUUGGAAUAUAAUUCUUGCUUUUAAUACCUUAUUAGUCCUCUAGCUUGUAUACAUUGUACAAUAUUUCCAAAGAAUACACGUUUGCUUGGUUUAACUCUAUUUAAAAUUAUGAACUAAAAAAAGCUUCUUAAAGAUUGUUUUAUUAGAAAAUGAGUUCUAUAGCAAGAUUUGCAAAUAUAGCCAAAGUUUCGAGUAGACAUGUUGAUGAUGUUUCGAAAAAAGAAUCCGAACCGUUGAUUGAAAAAAAAGACGAAGAAAUUGAUAUUUUGCUAAAAAAUAAGGAUGCCAUCUUUAAUAAUGAAACAAAACAUGAAAAUAAAAAAUCCUUCAAAAGGUGGUCGCUGUUAAAAGAACAUCCAAACUAUUCACAGAUUAUAAAUGAGGUUGUUGAGGUGCCCGACUUUCAAGAGACUGACACUAACAAAAAGCUCAUUUCUCAGGGAACCGACACUAAAGAAGUUCCGAAUUUUCAAGAGACUUCUACUAAAGAAAUAACCAAUUUUCAAGGAACUGAAUCUAAAAAUGAUGAGGCAUCAGACAAAAUAGUUUUACCUGCUGAUAAUCAAUCUGUCGAUUCAGAGGUAACGCUAAAUUUAAGUGGAAAUACAAAAUGGGCAGCGUUAACAAAGAAAAAUGCUAAAAAAAUUAUUUUGGAAUCUGACAAACUUAAACAACCCGUAUUGAGUUUAAGUAGUGACUCGACUUCACAAACUGAUAAUAAAAUUUUAAAUAAUAAAAAUUCAUUAGGAAAAAGUAAAUGGAAUGCUGUAAGGGAGCGUACUAACUCCAUAAAAAAUACUAAAGAUGAUGUGAAUUCAAACGAAAAACCGUCUUUACCAAAACUGUUACAAGUUGUUAACACUGCCACAGCAACUAAAACAGCUGCAUCAAAGUUUUUAGAAGCAUCUCAAAUGAGAGUUAAUCUGAAAGCAAGAAUGCGUAAAAUAGUUCAAGAAAGGUUGACAGUAAAACAAAUAUUUAAACGAUACGUUGAAAGUUCAACGCUUCAUGGUUUUUGUUACGUUUGUGGCGAUACCUUUUUAGUAAGAAGAGUAUUAUGGGCUCUUUUAAUGAUACUAGGAGCAAUAUAUUUUAUUAUUAAACUUAGAUAUGGAAUUGAGGAAUAUUUAAACUAUCCAUUUAGUACAUUGUCAACUGUUGAUUACGUUCACGAAUUGUUUUUUCCAGCAAUGAGCCUUUGCGCAACAAACAGUUACCUUGCUUCAAUGGUUUCUAAAAAUCAGUUAAAGUUACUUUACGAUGAAGGAAGACUACCUUUAGAUAACAAUCAAACUAACCCCUCUUACAAUAUGUCAGGAAACGAAUUAGUAAAAGCAAUUCAAGAAAGCUCAUUAUCAAUAGAGUCAAUGUUAGCAUUUUGUGAUUGGAUUCAACAAGAUACUAACAACCCUGAUAUACCGCCAAAUCCCUGUGGUCCUCAAAACUUUACCACCUAUCUAAACUACAAAGGUGAGCAAUGUUACACGCUUAACUCUGGAUUAGAAGGACAUAAACUACUUAAAGUUGAUACUGUCGGCUUAACAUAUGGUUACGAGCUAAUUUUUGAUUUACAAACAAACAAAGUUAUUAAAAACAAUCAGUUUUCAGGUAUGAGAGUAGUAAUACAUAAUCAAGAUGUUCCACCUCAAUUAGCUGACGGGUUUAUAAUUCCCCCUGGCUUUAAAACAUUUGUUAAAAUGGGAACCGUACAGUCUAAAAGUCUUCCUCCACCUUACUCAACAGAAUGCGGAACAAAAAAACUGAAGUACUACAAUACAUACAGUCAGAGAUUUUGCCUUCUUGAAACUCUUACAGAUUUUACUGGAAAGUUAUGUGGAUGCAGAGACGUUUUUAUGCCAGAAAAUGGACUUCCAUUCUGUUCAUUGAAAGAGUUAUAUUCUUGUAUGUAUCCAGCAAAAGAAUCAUUUUCUGAAUUUACCAUGCGUAAAGAAUGCCCUGCAGAUUGCGAAGAGCGUACAUAUCCGUAUGAGCUAUCAGAAGCUAGAUUUAUACAUAACCCUCCAAUAGGUUUAUCAAUUCAAGGUUUAGCAAAUUUGCAACACAAAAAACAUUUAGAGGAAGAAUUAUACUUAUCAAAGUUAGCUCAAAGCAUGACAUCCGAGGAACUUGAUGCAUAUGUCGAAGACAACAUUGUCAGCGUGAUAUUCUUUUUUGGUGACACUCGAAUAGAUUAUAAUGAACAAGAAGCUACAAAUGAUUUUUUUCAGUUCCUAGGUAACAUGGGUGGCGAGUUCGGACUAAUGUUGGGUGCUAGUUUGUUAACAUUUGUAGAAUUUGUUGAUUUAUUUAUCUUUCUGAUAUAUCAUCAAAUGCUCAGAUUACACACCCUUAAAAAAGUUCCUGAUAUUUUUGGAAGGAAAAGAAGUCGAAUUAAUGAGUACAUUAAAAAACGCGAGAAAACACGCGUGUAACGUUUGUUUUUAAUGAAAUAUCUUUCGAGUUUGAUUUGGAACUUUCAACAGCAAUGCAUAUGUUAGUUGACUUUCAGCUGAAUACUUUGGAAAACUUUUGUAAACGUUUACAAAACAUGAAGUCUACUUUUAAAACUGUAUUUAAAAAACUUAUUAAUUAAUUUAAUAAAUCAUUAAAGUAA